UCAUCCACUGCAGAUAUGUGACUGAGCUCCUUGGGGGUGAUACUUAUGUCUCAUGCUCUGUGGUGUUGCCUGCUCUCUGCCACCUGUACCGCACCAUGGAGGUCUUGGAUGAGGACCCAGCCUACGUGGAGAGGUUCAAGACUGCCUUUAAGACGGACUUAUCCGAACGGCAAGCUAACAUCAAUAAUGGAUGGCUCAAGAUGGCUUCAGCACUUGACCCACGUUUCAAGGACUUAAAGUAUCUACCAAGAGGAGAGAGACAAGAGGUGUGGACCAGCCUUGAGGCACUGCUGCAUAAAGAACCCAGCAGAGCUACUCCAGGGCCCUCAGAGGAGCCAGCUAAGAUGAAAAGGAGCCUCCUGCUGUUGGCUUCAGACUCAGACUCAGAUGGCGAAAUGGGGCCUAACAGGGCUCUGAGCCUCUAUAAAGCAGAGCCCAGCAUCAGCAUGGAAGAGUGCCCACUACAGUGGUGGUCAACUCAUGCAGGGACCCAUCUACAGCUGUCUGCACUGGCUCGCAAGUAUCUAGCCACCCCUGCCACUUCUGUCCCUUGUGAGAGACUUUUCUCACUUGCAGGCAACAUAGUGCAAAAGAAGAGUGCAGCCUUGACAUCUGAGAAUGUAAACAAGCUAGUUUGUCUCAGCGACUGGCUGAGGAAGAAGUGAGAGGUAUUGUGAGGCCGA